ACAACCAAACAAGGCGGAAGUGCUCGGAAAGCGGGUAGGGUGCAAAGGAUAUAGGCUUCAAGCUAAAAAUGGCGGACUUCGGAGGUUUGUUUGAGGGGAAAGAUCGAGAGAAGGAGAGCUCGGAGCGGCUGAGAAGGAGGUCCUGGAGAAAGGUGGUAGGGAGCGGUAAAGGCGUCUCUGGAACAGACAUGGCGGAAACUCUGGGCUCUUAUGAUGGACGGGGUGCGGAGGAGGAGCGGCGCGAGGGCUCAGACAAACAGGACGCAGACGAGCCGUCUCUCCUGAGGUUCAUGUGUGCCGAGUUGACCCGAGGCUACUUCCUAGAGCACAACGAGGCCAAGUACACCGAGCGCAGGGAAAGAGUCUACACGUGCAUGAGGAUCCCUAAAGAACUGGAGAAGCUCAUGAUGUUCGGCUGCUUCCUGUGCCUCGACGCGUUCCUCUACGUGUUCACUCUACUCCCCCUCCGAACCCUGCUUGCCUUCCUCAGACUGCUGACCAUCCCCUGCUGUGGCCUCGGGGCACAUGUGUGCCCCUACUGCAGAAGGAGCAGCAGCUCACGGUUUCUGCAGCCAUCCCAGGUGUGUGACCUGCUGAAGGGCCUGAUCAUGGUGCUGUGCUGCUCCAUGAUGCACUACGUGGAUUAUGCCAUGAUGUACCACCUAAUCCGAGGACAGUCCGUCAUCAAACUCUACAUAAUCUACAACAUGCUGGAGGUGGCAGAUCGUCUCAUCUCCUCCUUCGGCCAGGACAUUCUAGACGCUCUGUACUGGACGGCAACGGAGCCGAAGCCCAGGAAAAGAUCUCACAUUGGAGUCAUUCCACAUUUCAUCAUGGCUGUUUUUUAUGUCUUUCUGCAUGCCAUCCUCAUCAUGGUCCAGGCGUCUACGUUAAACGUGGCCUUCAACUCCCACAACAAGUCUCUGCUGACCAUCAUGAUGUCCAACAAUUUCGUGGAGAUCAAAGGAAGCGUCUUUAAAAAGUUUGAGAAAAAUAACCUCUUUCAGAUGUCGAACAGCGACAUCAAGGAACGCUUCACCAACUGUAUCCUGCUCCUGAUUGUGUGUCUGAGGAACAUGGAGCAGUUCUCCUGGAAGUCAGAUCACCUGUGGGUCCUGCUUCCAGACGUCAUCAUGGUGGUGGCCUCGGAAGUGACUGUGGACGUCGUGAAGCACGCGUUUAUCACCAAAUUCAACGACAUCACAGCGGACGUGUACAGUGAAUACAAAGCCAGCUUGGCCUUGGAGCUGGUCAGCAGCCGGCAGCAGUAUGCGUACACAGACUACAGUGACUCAGUGGCCAGGAGAAUGGGCUUCAUCCCACUGCCUCUGGCGGUUCUGCUGAUCCGAGUGGUGAUGAGCUCCGUGAAGAUCCAGGGAGCACUCGCGUCCGUCAGUCUGCUGCUCUUCUACCUUGGAAUGAUCACGCUGAAGGUGUUGAACAGUAUCGUUCUGCUCGGGAAAUCCUGUCACUACGUUAAAGAGGCCAACAUGGAGGAGAAGCUGUUCGAUAAACCCAAAACUCCAGCGCCGAAAAAGUGCCCUAGAACACCCAGCCAUGCUACAUCUCCUCCUCCGUCAGAAAAGCCAAAAGCCCAGCGUCCCACCCCCUUCUUCACUUCCAUCACCAAGCAACCUACCCCACGCACACCACAGCCCCCCUCCCCAACCCCGAACCCUGUCGCCAUGGAAACCAGCCAGUCAGCUCCAGAGAUUCCCUCUAAAGCAGAGGAGGACAGCGGCGCGACUCCUCACUGCACCGAGCUGAAACACAGAACGCCAAACAAAGACCUGCUGGAGAUCGAUCGCUUCACCCUGUGCGGAAACCGCAUACUUUGACCUCCACAGCUCCGACUCAGAGACAAGACCCGGACACGCCGCUCGUCCCCGGGGUAGAGAGGCGGCGAGAUGCACAGGACCAGUCCAGAGAAAAAGUAACGAACAUUCCAGUGACUGAGAAUUCGCUGUCCAUGGCAGCCUGGCAGAGUCACAUGACCCAGAGUCCUGAUAGGGGUGGGGUCCAGGAUCCCUUGCAUUGUUUCAGACUCGAAUCGAGUUGAGCACGCAGUAUUUCAAUGCAGUGGAUCUGCGCUGCUCUGAACAUUCUGCCGUAAUUUCAGAAGAAAAAAAACUAACCAUACAAGAGAGAUGAUGAAAUCAUGUGAAGUUGAGGCAACUCAGUGAUAUAUUGGGGUCCAAGACGAAAAUGGUUCAUAUUGCUGUAAAAUAAACAGCAAUAUUUUAUACAUAAAAAUGCAUUUGUAUGCAUAUAUUUUUUUUUACUUGGAGGAACAUCAGUUUUACAUAAUAUUUAAGAACUUUCUCUUUCAAGGUGGUGUUUGUUUCUCUUAUACUACAGCAAUAUUCCAGCAUUCCCCAACAUUUUUAUGUAUUAAAUAAUGUCAGCUGUA